AUGUCGCAGACGGGCCAGCCGAAACAGCGGACGGUCCAGCGACAAAACAGCUUUCUCUCUCCGAUCACGUCCACGACGUUCACGAACCGAAGACUGUCUUCGUCUCGGUCGUCGCUCUUGCGGUCGCCGGACGGCACCGAGUCCAGCCGGGAUAGGAAGAGGAAGAGGUUGAGUCUUCUGCCUGCCAAUGCGCACCUCGGGGCGCCCAGGUUGAUUAACCCGCCCAACCUUCGUCGACAGUCGAUAAUGAACAACAAUAACAACAACAACAACAGUCACAAUCACAACCACAACGGCAACAUUUCCAGCAUUCCUAGCCUCAACAGCGCCCUCCAAGCCCAGCUGGCUUCAAACUCCACGUCUUCCACCCCUUUCACCAUCCGCAACGCAGCGACUCAAAACACAGUACAACAAUUGGUGCAGAACUCCAUCACUAGGUCGGGCAUACCGUUGAACACACAACGAAGGUCCACAAUAGGGAGCCGGAGAGAAUCAGUGCUCCCUCCGUCGUCCGCGUCGGGGAAUCGCUAUGAAACCCCAGCUCCGGCACACCGCCCUUCUGCAUAUAGUAAACCACAGGAUCCGAGACCAUUGAGAAGUCAUAGAUUCCAGUCUGAAGUACAAGAUGAGCUCUACAAUUAUCUAUCCACCAAAAAAUUUGACAUUGAGAUGAAACAGCCACUCACGCCAAAAACUUUGAAAACCCCCACACAGAAAGAGUUUGUUUUAAUUUUCCAAUGGCUUUAUAAAAAGCUGGAUCCGGGCUUCAAAUUUAACAAAUCCAUAGAACAGGACGUCUAUACACUUUUGAAGUUUUUAGAUUAUCCCUAUUUGGACACAAUCAACAAAUCUCAAAUAAGUGCUGUCGGUGGAUCGAAUUGGCCUGUCUUUCUAGGCAUGUUACAUUGGCUGUUAAAACUAGUCAAAGAAACUCUGAAGUUUGACGAUUUGGAUAUCUACUCCUUCCAAGAAGAACAGUCAAAUAAAACUGACACGAAUUUAACAGAUGACCCAGUAAUUUCAAAUGAGAUAUCCCUGAUGAAUAAGUUGUUCUUGACUUAUGUGCUCGACUCUUAUAGGGCCUUUUUGACUACUGGUGAAGACGACUAUUCAAGCUAUUUUGCAGAAAUGGAGAACGAGUACCUCGUUUAUAUUGAAGAAGUGCAAUCCAAAAUGAACAUAGAUGAAGAACUACACGAAACGUUGCAGCAGAAAUUGGACUCUAGCAAGGAAACGUAUAACCUUUUCUUUGAUGAAAUGGAAAGAGCUAAUGCGUUGCAGACAGAUGUUACAAAAUUCCAGAAUUAUAUUGAUAUACAGAAACAGCGACAACUCAAAUGGCCUAGUGUCAUUGAAAAAGCUAAUUCAGAUAUCCGUAAUAUCAUGGAGUCUAUUCAAAAUAUCAAUAAGGAGAAACAAGAUAUCAUAUCUGAUUUGGAGAAGAAGAACCUCACACUUAAGGAUAUAGAGGAUUUGCACAAAGAUCGGGCAAGACUAACAACAAGUUUAAAUUUGAUUGAUUCAAAGCAGCGACAGACGAAACAGUUGAUAGAAUCCAAAUCUGAAGCUCUCAAACUACAAUUCAAUGAUCUACAAGCAAAAAUAAAUUUUUACAAUAAUACGGUUUACCAGAUUUUGAAUGACUUGAGCCUUGAAACACCGCCAGACACUUCUUCCCUGGUUAUCAAUUCUUUAGAUGAAGAGUACCAGAGUACCAAAAUUGGAACUUCACCACAUGAAAUGGUUCCUAUUUUACCAAAACUUAGAUCUUCUCUUGGCGACUUGAAGAACAAAGUGCAGUCUCAUAUUACAAAACUCCAAGAUGAUAUAUUGCAAUCACAAGAAACCGUUGAUGACUUAAAGUUGUCUAUUGUUUCUUGCACCGAUAAAUUGGAAGAAUUGGAGGAUUCGUUGUCCAAAUCCAGGAAGGAAUAUUCUGAGCUCAAUGAUAAAUAUACCACGGAUUCAUCAAACAAGCAAUUUGAUCUUGAAGAAAAAGCUAAGGAAAUACGCUUAUUCAAGUUACAAAACACUGAGAACAGAAAAUCCAUUGAAAGCAAAUGGAAAGAUGCUCAGCGAGACUAUAAAAAGACCAUUUCAAUGAUCAGCGAAAAUCGUACACAGUUGGUCUGCGACAUAGCCCAGUGUUUGGAUUAUGUUGUAAGCUUCAAAAGUGACGUUAUGACGGAUUUGGAAAACACAGCUGUGGAGGUAAGUCAAGAAUUAAAGCAACAGUUAGAUGCAGAAUCACAGGAGGAGUGA